AUGUCCAUCGUAUCUUUGUUAGGUAUAAAAGUUUUGAACAAUCCUGCUAAAUUCUCAGAUCCAUAUGAAUUUGAAAUAACUUUCGAAUGUUUAGAAUCAUUAAAACAUGAUUUGGAAUGGAAAUUAACAUACGUCGGUUCUUCCCGUUCUCUAGAACAUGAUCAAGAACUAGAUUCAAUUUUAGUAGGUCCUGUCCCUGUCGGUGUAAAUAAAUUCGUAUUCACUGCCGAUCCACCUUCUGCAGAAUUAAUCCCAGCCAGUGAAUUGGUUAGUGUAACAGUAAUAUUAUUGAGUUGUUCUUAUGACGGUAGAGAAUUCGUAAGAGUAGGCUAUUACGUUAAUAAUGAAUAUGAUGAUGAAGAGUUAAGAGAAAACCCACCUGCAAAAGUACAAGUUGAUCACGUUGUAAGAAAUAUAUUAGCUGAAAAACCAAGAGUUACCAGAUUCAACAUAGUAUGGGAUAACGAAAAUGAAGGUGAUCUAUACCCUCCUGAACAACCUGGAGUUGAUGAAGAGGAGGAAGAAGAAGAAGAUCUAGAGGAAGAAGAGGAUGAGGAAGAAGAAGAGGAAGAAGAGGAAGAAGAAGUGGACGGUGUAGAAGAAGAAGAAGAUGAUGUGGAGGAAGAUGGUGAUGACGAUGAAGGUGAAGAAAUUGAUAUAGAAGAUGAAGAUGAAGGUGAAGCAGAAGAAGAUGAUGAUGAAGACGACACUGAUAAAUCAAUAAAACAAAAGCAGAAUAGCUCGGUUGAAGAAGAUGGUGAAGAACCAGAUCCAAAGAAAAGAAAAUUAGACAAGAAUUCUGAAGACCAAACAACCGAGAUCGCGACAACUCCAAGAGAUUCAGACUCGCUUGUAAAAGAAUAA